AUUCGAUAUUGUUUUCUAUGACGUAACCUACUGAGUACUGAUACAGUACGGCAGGACGCAUGCUUUUGAGUUUUCAACUUGUGUGGACUGUAGUUUUUCAAAUGUGAUCUCUAAGGAGGCAGUCCGCGUUCAUUAACCACGUUAUAUUAUUGAACGGUGAAUGCUGAUCAUUGUAACUUUUUUUAAUUAUAGUUCGAGUGUGAUUUUAACGUUGUUUUUAAAUAAUAAAUAUCCUCAUUUAUCUGUAUUUUCUGCUUAAAAAUAUUAAUAAAUAUAUUGAAGACUAAAAUUAAUUGACGUUAAAGUGUCGUUAUUAUAAUAUUUUCUAUCAUGUCAAAUUCAAUUGAAAUUGAUGAGAUAAUUUCCAAUUUAAAAGCCACUAUUACAUCAAACAAAGGUGGUGUAGAAUUAAAUUGUAUUGAAUCUGAUUAUUAUAAUUUAAUUGGUGAACAUAUACCAUAUCGAAAUCUAGGAUUCAAUUCCAUAGAAGAAUUCCUUAAUUCUCUGAAAAAUAUAUUCAAAAUAAAAAAUAAAGGAAUUAACAUAUUUGUACAUGUUGUAAGUGGUGGAAAGACUCAACACUUAGAAAAAAUGAUAAGCAAACAAAAAACUAAGUCUAAACGUAAAUCAAAAUUAACGUCAUCUGCUUUGGUAUCACAAAAGAAGUUUAAUAAUAACUAUUAUGUCUCCAACAACAAUUCCAUGCAAUUUAAGUUGAGAAAAAAAAGACAACAGGUCGAUAAUUUAAAAAAACAUACAGCUGAUGUAAAUCCUGCUAACAAAAAUAACUCAAGAUGGCCAAAAAAAGAUUAUGAAAAUAAAUUAUUAAAAAAAAAAGAUAAACCAAAAGUAUAUGCUCAAGACCGAUUACAAAAAUAUAAGAAAAAAGAUAUUAAUCAAAUUGAGAACAAUGAAUUAAAAAAUGAAACUAUAUCAGAAGAAUCAUUUCUAGAACUAUCAGAAAUUUUCACAAAAAAAUGCAAUAUCCAUGAUAUGGCAUAUAAUAUACCAAUACAACCUAAAGAAUUACCUGCAAAUAACAAUAAGCAGACUAACUUGGAAAUUAAUCAUUAUACAUUUGAAAGUAAAUGCAAGAAAAUUGUAACUGUGACUGCCGUGUAUAGUCCUUCAAACAUUUGUGUCGUGCUAGAAGAUCAUAAUACUAAUUGCAGUUUAUUGGGAAUGCAAAUAGAAUUUAACAGAAUGAGAACUCCAUUAAAUACUACUCCAAUCAUUGGUUAUUAUUACGCACUGCAUCAUCAGAAUAAGUGGCAUCGUAUUGUUGUUGACAAUAUUUAUUUUGAUAACUCAAUUGAAUGUUUUUUUAUUGACACUGGAAAAUCAAUAAUUGUAAAUCAACAUCAAAUUUAUUCAUUGGAUCCAAAAUUUGUUCAGAUCUGUAGUCAGGCAAUGAAGGCUGUAUUAUAUAAAAUAAAACUAUUUGAUGAAUUUCCAUUCAUUAAAGAAAUUGUAAUUGAAAAACUAUUGGAAACCAAGUGUAUUCUUAUUCCAGACAGUGUCAUUACAAAUCCCCCUACUGUGACUUUGUAUGAUUUGGAAACUAUGAUGAAUAUAAAUGACAUAAUAAUCAAUAGUUUUUAUGAAAAAGUAACACCAAAGAUUACUUGUGGAGAUGGAUAUGAUUCUGCAGAAGUUAAAUUAAUAUCAGUUGAAAAUGGAUACUUUUAUAUGCAGUUCAAUCAAGAUUUAAUCAAAUCUCUGGAAAAACUUUUUUCAACAGAUCAAUUUUUUGGACCUUGUUUAAAAAAUGAUAGAGAUAUUGAUUAUAAAAAUAUAUAUUUGACUUAUUAUGAACGAAACAUCAAGGGUAGGGUUAAAGUAGAGUUUUUUGUUACUGAUAGCAAGGUUAAAGUAUAUUUUAUUGACUAUGGAUGUUUCAAGGUUGUUGAACUAACUACACUAAUUAAUCUGUCCAAAAUUAAUGUCAAUCUUGUUCGAAUUCCAAAUCAAGCUGUUAAAGUAGCACUACAUAUGUUUCCACCUGAAGAUGUAACUAGUAGAACAGUAGAAGAGUUAUUUAACAUUUUGGGUUAUAAUACCAAUGUUUCAAUUUAUAAACUUAAAGAUUUCAAGGGUCAAAUUCCAUGUGUUCAGCUAUGGAAUAUUGCAUAUCCUGAUACAUUUAUCAACAUUAUUUUAUAUUCAAGAUUAUACAAGUUGAAUUAAUGAAAUAGUAUUUGUUGUAAAGAAGAAAUAAUUUUGGAUUUUAUUUAUAGUGAAUAUUUAUUCUAAGCUUAGUAAU